AUGGUACGUGAGCAACGGGCGGGCGAUUUGUCUGAUUGUGAACAAUUGGUUGACCAACUGGAAAAGGCCCAGACUAAAUACGUGGAUUGGUUCACACAGCUUAGUCAGGUGCAACAGGGCUUAGCCAAUGUGUCAAAUAUGCUGGAAAAUCCACAGUCCGAUCUGUGGGGAGUGAGUUUGGAUAUCUCAAAGGACCGUGGUGGACUGGAUGAUCAGAUACGUCAAUUGGCUGCCCUGGAACAGGACUUAAUCGAUCGGCUCCAACCUGGGUUGCAACAACUGUGCGAUGAAGUUCACCAGGUCGGGGCUAAUAUCCAUGGUCUGGAAACGACACAGGCUGAAUUGAAUGAUCUGGUGGAAGUAGUUCGACACAAAUUACACUGUUUGCAUUUGAUUCGAGGACAUUUGAAAGAUCUGGUUGAACGCAGUCGUUACGAACUGGACGAACUACAAAAAGUAACCGCAAAGCUGACUGAGUUUACGUUUCACGUGACAAAAGCCGACACCCCGUGGACCGAGUCUGACGUGGAGCAAGAUGUGCUAGGUGUACUGCACCGUUUCGCUCAGGAUUUGAGUCACCGAGAAACGCUGGUCACACACCUGUUGGACGAGUUGGAUCAGGUGGUCGGGGCAAAAGCGGUUGGACCUGGGUUCGAUAGAUUGGAUCGACGUCAAGGCCGUUCACGAAACGGAAAGCAAAUCGAACAGCUGGACAAUGAGCUACGAACAACAUGGAAAUAUGUGAGCGGCGAAUUGUUGGUCAACGCAGGCGAGACCAGUAUUAAAACCGCAAUAUCCUGGCACAAGAAUACGAUUGGUUUUGCUCAAGAGUGUGCGUAUUUGGAUUUGCUGGUGCAUGUGUCGGAACCGCUAGAGGGCAUUUAUUGCAUUUAUUUUGAGGAUGUGAAAAGGACAAAGAGUGGAAUAAUGUCAAUUUGUGAAGAACUGGAUUUACACUAG